AUGUCCUUCGAGGUGCCUCUGCCGGCUUUGCGCCACUUCGCGCCCUCGGGCGAGGCCGAGGGGGUGGGGGUGACCCCCACCGCGCUGCAGAGGCUAGUGCCCCUCCGCAAAGCCCCACCGCAGGUAAGUAUUCCCAAGUGGGAGGCGAAACCUUCAACUGAGGACUUGGGGGAUAAGAAGGAAGGUGAAUACGUUAAACUGAAAGUCACUGGACAGGAUAGCAGUGAGAUUCACUUCAAGGUGAAAAUGACAACACAUCUCAAGAAACUCAAAGAAUCAUACUGUCAAAGACAAGAAGUUGCAAUGAUUUCACUCAGGUUUCUCUUUGAAGGUCAGAGAAUUGCUGAUAAUCACACCCCAAAAGAACUGGGUAUGGAGGAAGAAGAUGUGAUUGAAGUAUAUCAGGAACAAAUAGGGGAUCAUUCAACGGUUUAGAUAUUCUUUAAUUUUUUUUUUCUUUUCCCUUAAUUCUUUUUUAUUUUUAAAAAUAGUUCUUUUGUAA